CAACCAACCCUCCUUCCUCUUUCUGCUCCGUGGGCCCUCUUUCUUGUCUUUCUCUCUCACACACACACGUACACAUAGUUGUUGCAGCUUGACAUCAUUAUAGCCUUGUGUAGCUUUUAUGCAAAUUCCAUUCCUAAACAGCCUUUCAUUAUUUCAAAGAACCCAACUUUGAAUGUCAUCUUUUCCUUAAUUUCUGCUUAAGGGUGCAAGACCAAAGAUUUGCCUUUUGCUUUUACUUGCAUCUCUGAAAGGAAUUUCUAGUGUUGACCCUGAAAUAUUUUGUCUCAGGUUUGAGUUGGGUGAGUUCAAGAACCAGUUCAAUUAGCAAAAAAGCUUGAAUCUUUGUUUGUAUUUUCGUUGACCCUUUUGAGUUUGAGGGUAGAAUGGAGACACAAAAUGGUAGCAAGUCAAAGAUAGAUGAUUAUGAAGUGAUAGAGCAAAUUGGAAGAGGAGCUUUUGGUGCAGCAUUUCUUGUUCUUCAUAUAACUGAGCAGAAGAAAUAUGUUCUGAAGAAGAUACCUUUAGCAAAGCAGUCAGAGAAGUUCAAGCGUACUGCACAUCAAGAGAUGAAUCUGAUAGCUAAGCUAAGCCAUCCAUAUAUUGUGGAGUACAAGGAUGCUUGGGUCGACAAGGGGAACUCUAUAUGCAUCGUUACCAACUAUUGUGAAGGUGGAGAUAUGGCAAAGAUCAUAAGGAAGUCAAGAGGAGCUCUCUUCCCAGAAGAGAAACUCUGCAAAUGGCUGACUCAGCUAUUACUGGCGGUGGAUUAUCUGCAUUCCAACCGUGUUCUACACAGAGACGUGAAGUUAUCUAACAUUUUUAUCACAAAGGACAAUGACAUCCGGCUAGGUGAUUUUGGAUUAGCAAAACUUCUAGAUGGAGAAGGCCUUGCUUCCUCAGUUGUUGGUACUCCAAACUAUAUGUGCCCUGAGCUCCUUGCUGAUAUACCAUAUGGCUACAAAUCCGACAUAUGGUCUCUUGGAUGCUGCAUGUUUGAGAUUGCCGCACACCAAGCACCAUUUAGAGCUCCAGACAUGACUGGACUUAUCAAUAAAAUAAACAGGGGUACUUUAUCGCCACUUCCAAUUAUAUACUCCUCCAACUUGAAACAGAUUAUUAAAAGCAUGCUAAGGAAAAGCCCUGAACACAGACCAACAACUGCGGAGUUGUUAAGGCAUCAACAUUUGCAACCAUACCUCCUUCGCUGCCGCAACCCUUCAUCUGCUUUUCUUCCAGUGAAGUCCCCAAACAGCCCAAAGGAAAAAACAAAGCAAUCACCUGGAAAAUCUGGCAGUCCUAGAUUCAUAAAAGACAGACCUCUAAGGCUAAAAGAGAAGGUUCCUGUUUUUAACUUUGAUGAAAGUGACAAACCUCUAAGGCUAAAAGAGAAGGUCCCCGUUAUUUACUUUGAUGAAAGUGACAACAUUCGGCCACGAAAUUUAUCAGACAACUAUGACACUUUUAAAGCCAAACUCGAGACUAAGAGAGUUGAUCCCACUAGCUACUCAACAAAGAUCUUUGUAAAUGGUGCGGAUUCUAAAUGUUGGGACACUAGUGAGGAAGCUAUUUGCAACGGAGACGGUCUAUCCGACUCUCUAUUGCAAGAAGGAAGUACAAAUACGCCAGAAUCUUCAAGAUUCAUGGCAAACACUGAGCAAGUUUCUGUUGAGCAUUUUCAACAAUUUGAAGAAGGUGACGGGGAGAGUGACAAAACAAAAGACCUUGAGGUGUUGAGCACUCCAAGUGGCAGUGGAGAAGCAGACCUGAAUGAACUAGAUUGCAUCUCCGAAAAGCCGAGCAGAGUGAUUUCGUCUAGUGGAAGCUCCACUGAGAAAACACGGUCCUUUGACGAAGAGAGCACUUCAUCGACUACGCAACCUGCAAAAUCUGAUACUGAUGCUGAACUAAGGUGUCAUGCAUCUGAAACUGAAAACGUUGGCGAGUUCAAAGAAGUUGAUGAUGACUGCAAUGCUUCUGAAAGAAAUGGUUCAACCCCACUUAAAGAUGACAUAGAAAAGAAAGGAAAUAUGGUUGAAGAUGCUAAACAGACCGAUAAAGAUGCUCUUCAAGCACUAGAUGAUAGGGUUUCACUGCUUAAGGCGCUAGCUGCAUUAGCUGAGCACAAAAAUGACUGGGAAAAUCCCACUCAACAAAGAGCUGAAGCUCUGGAAUCCCUUUUAGAGGUUUGUGCACGACUACUUAAGCAGGAAAAAAUUGAUGAGCUUGCUGGUGUGCUAAAACCAUUUGGCGAUGAUGUAAUUUCAUCUAGAGAGACGGCAAUAUGGUUGACUAAAAGCCUCAUGAGUGCACAAAAAUUGGCCAAGGGAUCGUGAUUUUGUGAUAGCAAGCUUUCCCUUUACUGGAAUAUUACUGUACAAAUCGAUUUGUUUGCUUUCUGUGGGUUGACAUAGAUGUUUAGCUUGACUGUUGUUUGAUUUCCUUCUAAAUGAUUUGAUUUAUGAGAAAGCUCACUUUGAUUGUAUUUUUCAUCACAGGAGCUUCUCUGGUGUGUAACAUGAGCAACCAAAGUGAGAACUAAGUUAUUUUAGGCUUGAUGGAUUGAGGUUUCCUUAGUUUGAGUGUUUAAUUGUAGGACAUCUGAUGGAAUUGUGAAGAUCUUAAACUACUCUUGGCUUGGUUUGUUAA